AUGUGCUUGGUUCGGGAUGUGUUCAGUCAGCGCCUAUCUGCUGUUUCUCCUGCUGCUAUCAGCUACGGUGCCGGUCUCUCGGGUUCCAGGGCUUGCGGUAUAGGAUCCGGAAUUUCUUCUAUUGGAGCGUAUGGUCUGGGUAGUGGUAUCGCAGCUUCUGGGGUUGGUCUAGGUGCAGGUCUGCUCGCUUCUGAGUCUGCCUAUGGUAUCUCUUCAGCAGCAGCUUACGGUGGCUCUGGCAUCGGUGAUGUAUUAGUGAUUGGGGAACUGCCCGUUGCUGGUUCCACACUGAUCGGUGGACAGGUGCCUAUUCUUGGGGCUGUUCGUUUCGAAGGAGUUCUCCCUGCUGCUGGUUCGGUUUCCAUUGCUGGCAGUUGCGGUUGCGGGUGCAAUGGUUACGUUUAC